AUGAAGCUUACGAGUCGGAGUGGGAAGCGGCGACGCUCGUCGUCGCCCGGCUCGGACUCUUUCUUGGGAUGCGGUAGCAGAAGCGGCGGCAGGAGAAGGGACAGCAGUAGCGAAGGUGUCGGUGUCAGUCCGCGGGAACCAGUGAGACCCGUGCUGAGCCCGCCCCCGGGCCUGGCGAGUAGCCUGCGGAGGGGCAGGCUCGGCUCGCCAGGACCGUGCAAGCAAGUGGUAGUACCUGAUAACCAAAUAGACAAAUUGCUCCUGGCAAGCUGGGGGCUUCCCAAAGCAGUUCUGGAGAAGUAUCAAAGUUUUGGUGUAGUGCAGAUGUUUGAAUGGCAAGCAGAAUGUCUCUUGCUUGGACAAGUUCUGGAAGGAAGGAACUUAGUCUAUUCAGCUCCAACAAGUGCUGGAAAGACCCUUGUUGCUGAAUUACUGAUUCUGAAGAGGGUUUUGGAAAUGCGUAAGAAAGCUUUAUUCAUUCUGCCUUUUAUUUCAGUGGCUAAAGAGAAAAAAUAUUACCUUCAGAACCUGUUUGAGGAAGUAGGAUUGCUGGUGGAAGGCUACAUGGGCAGCUGCUCCCCAGCAGUCCGUUUUUCUGCUUUGGACGUUGCUGUCUGCACAAUUGAGAGAGCCAAUGGCCUGGUCAAUCGCUUAAUUGAAGAAAAUAAGAUGGACUUGUUAGGAAUGGUGGUUGUAGAUGAAUUGCAUAUGCUGGGAGACUGUCAUCGCGGAUACCUGCUAGAACUUUUGUUGACUAAGGUUCGAUACGUGACUCAGAGAGCAGCAGUGAGCCCCAAAAAUUUGACCAGUGAUUUUUCCAAAGAAAUUCAGAUAAUUGGCAUGAGUGCAACACUCCCUAAUCUCGACCUUGUAGCUUCCUGGUUAAAUGCUGAACUUUAUCACACCGACUUUCGGCCAGUACCACUUUUGGAGUCAUUAAAAAUUGGUAGCUCAAUAUAUGACUCAUCCAUGAAGCUUGUGAGGGAAUUCCAACCCAUGCUCCAAGUGAAGGGAGACGAGGACCAUAUAGUUAGCUUAUGCUAUGAAAUCAUUCGUGAUGGCUAUUCAGUCUUAAUUUUCUGUCCAUCAAAGAGUUGGUGUGAGAAACUGGCGAAUAUGAUAGCCCAUGAGUUUUAUGAUCUACAGCAUCAAGCAGAAGGACUGGCAAAACCACCUGAACUUCACCCAGUUACAUUGGACCGAAAGGGACUCAUGGAGGUGAUGGAUCAGUUAAAGCGCUUGCCUUCUGGACUGGACUCUGUACUACAACAAACUAUGCCAUGGGGCGUGGCAUUUCAUCAUGCAGGUCUCACUUUUGAGGAGAGGGAUAUUAUUGAAGGAGCAUUUCGUCAAGGCCUUAUUCGUGUUUUAGCAGCAACAUCUACACUUUCUUCUGGAGUGAAUUUGCCUGCCCGCCGUGUGAUUAUUCGGACUCCUGUCUUUAAUGGAAAAUGUCUUGAUGUUCUCACUUAUAAGCAGAUGGUUGGUAGGGCAGGAAGGAAAGGUGUUGACACAGUAGGUGAGAGUAUCUUAGUCUGUAAGAAGUCAGAGAAAUCAAAAGGCAUUGCUCUACUUCAGGGGUCCCUCAAACCUGUGUGCAGCAGCCUGCAAAGAAGAGAGGGAGGAAAUAUAACUGCCAGUAUGAUACGAGCCAUUCUGGAGAUAAUAGUUGGUGGGGUUGCCAAUACACCAAAAGAUGUACAGACUUAUGCUUCUUGUACUUUUUUGGCUGCGAGUCUGAAAAUGGAAAACCAGAAAAGUUUGAAAGGGGAAAAACAGAAAAUCCAACAGGAACAGCAUGGAGCAAUUGAAGACUGUGUGAUGUGGCUGCUAGAGAAUGAAUUCAUUCAGAUUUCAGAAGCUAAUAUUGGAAUGAAAGAAAAAAUGUAUCAUCCUACUCACCUUGGUUCAGCCACUCUUUCUUCAUCUCUUUCUCCAUCUGAGGCCUUGGAUAUAUUUGCUGACCUCCAGAGAGCUAUGAAAGGCUUUGUUUUAGAGAAUGACCUGCAUAUCGUCUAUCUGGUUACUCCUUUGUAUGAAGAUUGGACAACUAUUGAUUGGUAUCGCUUUUUCUGUCUGUGGGAGAAAUUGCCCAUCUCUCUGAAGAGGGUGGCAGAAUUAGUGGGAAUUGAAGAAAGUUUCUUGGCCCGUUCUGUGAAAGGAAGAAUUGUAGCCAAAACUGAGAAACAACACCGACAAAUGGCCAUUCAUAAAAGAUUUUUCACUAGCCUUGUACUAUUAGACUUAAUCAGUGAAGUUCCCUUGAAGGAUAUUAUUCAGAAAUAUGGUUGUAAUCGUGGACAGAUUCAGUCUUUACAACAAUCAGCUGCAACUUAUGCAGGAAUGAUAACCGUGUUUUCUAAUCGUCUUGGCUGGCACAACAUGGAACAACUGCUUUCUCAAUUUCAGAAACGUCUUACAUUUGGUGUCCAGAGGGAGCUGUGUGACUUAGUUCGGAUAUCUUUACUGAAUGCACAGAGGGCCAGAGCUCUUUAUACUGCUGGCUUUUUAACAGUGGCUGAUCUUGCCCGAGGAAGUAUUGCUGAGGUGGAGACUGUUCUGAAAAAUUCUUUGCCAUUCAGAAGUGUCCGCAAGGCAGUAGAUGAAGAAGAGGAAGCAGCCCAGGAACGUCGGAAUAUCCAAACUAUCUGGAUAGCUGGGAGAAAGGGUUUAACUGAAAGAGAAGCAGCAGUACUUAUUGUGAAGGAAGCCAAAAUGAUUUUGCAGCAGGAGUUAGCUGAAAUGGGAGUGCAGUGGAAUCCAGACUCUUUUUUAAACUCUGAAACCUAUUCAGCAAGCAGCAGUGAAUCAGAAAUGGAGGACAUGAAGUCUAGGCAGCUUGCCAAACGCUUAUUUAAAAGACCCAAGGUAUCAAAGAGAGAAAGCAGAAUUCCUUUUGGUGAGUCUCUUACUAAGAAUACACCCGGUACUGUGCAAAAUUCUCACAGGGACAAAAUGCCUGCCGACACUUCAAAUUACAUUCUCCAAGAUGGAAAUCAAGAACGUCAGCUACAUGUUGAAACGAAAAGUGAUGAGUUUGUUUCUAAAGCAAGAAAAUUCCCAGUUUUGGAUACAACUAAAGAUAAGAUUGUCACUACUGUGAAUAAAAGUAAGUUAGGCAUUGAGAAAAGUCCUAAAACAUUCUCUGAAGAAAAAAAGAAAAGAUCAGCUUUAAAUUUCAGUUCCAAAAAAUUGUCCAAAACACCUCAGUUCUGGAAUCAAAGCAAGCAUGUGAACCAGUCUGACAUUAAGUGCAAUGUCAAAGACUCUAGGACAUCCAGAAUUGGUUCACCAAAUAUUAGUGAAAUCAGCUUUGGUACUGUUAAAGAUUUACUUACUUCAGAUGAAAAGAGUGCAGAAUUUCAAAAUCCAGGGUCUUCUGCUCACAAUAACUCUUUGGGUGCUAAUGUCAAAUAUUUCAAACACAAAACACCACACCUUCCACAAACAGAGGAAAGUUGUUCAAAGAAUAAAAUAACCAAAGACUGUAUUUCAGAAUCUUUCAUCACAGAAUCUCAAACAGAAGAUAAUUCUGGCCAAGUCCCUAGCGUUGCUGGGAAUAAUGUAGCGAGGGAAACCAAGCCAAACACAGAAAUGAUAACCAACAUUUUGAUGGACAAUAAUAAUCAUAUAAAAAAUCAGAGAGUUUAUGGGAAGUAUACCAAUGCCAAUCCAAUUAUAAAUUGCCCCGAAAAGAAACCAGAUGCAUAUACAAAAGUCUGUGUCAAAGAGGAAGUAUUGUUGGGCAGAAAACCACACAGGGAAAUAGGCUCCAGUUAUACAAACACAGAUAAAAAUGUUGCUGCUAGCAAAUGGGAAGGUGGAGAGUCUAAUGCUGAUGAAAAUAACCCCAGUCACCUUCAGCCACCAGAAAACAACAUAAGCCGACCCAAGGUGCCCGAUGGAUUAUUGUUACAAGUUGGAGCUGUGGGUAAAGGAGACCUGGAUGAAAACGAGCCAAAGGCCCCUGGAGUGAAAAAAAAAGCAGGUGCUUAUGCUACAAGUGAAACUAAAAAUAAUCAGCCUUCUGACUUAGGUUUAGGCCUCAGGGACUUUGACGAUAGUUUCCACCUGGAUACUCAGACAGAGAAAAUAAUACAACAGAUGGCAUCUGAAACUGCAAAACAAGAAGGAGCAAAGGAGAAAAGCUUAGCAACAAUGUUGACCCAGAAGAGCUCAAGAAGACAAAGCUCUGUUAGCACUUCACAAAAUGAAAAUAUUAUUUAUGUCAAUGAAGGAUCAACUGUAGGAAUGAGAAAAAUGGAUCACUCAGGUCUUAAGAUUGUAGAUACUAAGAAGAAAACCACUGAGUCACAUGGUGCUGAAGUCCUGACUCUAGAAAGUCCUGUUUUACCACCGCCAAUGAAACUGAGAGAAAAUUAUUUUUCUUUUAAAGGAAAUGAAAAUUCUGUCACUGACUCCCAGCUAAAUAGUUUUCUUCAGGGUUAUCAAACACAAGAUUUGGUGGAAUCAGCCAUCCCCCCAGGUUUGCAAAAGAGAGCCUUAGCUAGCAGAGAGGCAGAUUGCCCCCCAAUUUUUGAAACAAGUUUGAAUAUGAGUGAUAGUUUACUCUUCGAUAGUUUCAAUGAAGAUUUAGAAAAAGAAGAAGUAAAGGAGCAACAGUCAGACCCACAAAAGAGUGUGCCUCCUUCUGAAAUUACUUCCAACUCUUCCAGUGAUAUUUUGUGUCAGCAACCACAUGGAUCAAUGGAUAAAGCAGUUUUGAAUCUACUACCAGUUGAUGUCAAUCAGAACGUGCAGCAACAGGUUGCCUUUUUCAGUGAUGAAUCAAUUAUGUUCUCAGAAAUAGAUUCUUUUCAGAUGGCUGAAGCUUUGGAUGGUGCAGAUUUCUCUCUCGUUCAAGAAGAGCAUAUCCCUGCAGUAACUCUUAAUGGAUUAGAGCAAAGUAAGUCCGGAGUUAUAAAUGAUAAUUACCCUAGAUCAACAGUGGAUAGGACAGGUCAGGAUGUAAAUGUUCAAAUAACUAAAUCUACUGGAGAAAAUAGCGACAAUCCAUUGAUGUGGUCUGGGGCAUCAUUUGAUUUAAGCCCGGGACUACAAAAUAUUUUAGAUAGAUUGGAAAGUGACAAACCAAGUUUAAUGAGUACAGAGCCAUCUACUUCAAAGGAAAAGCACAUAGACUUAAAUGACCAACAAGAAGUACCCUCUGCUUGGCUAGAACAGGGAACGCCACCUUCUCCUAAUAGCAAAUUAAAAAGCAACUUUGAAGUAUUGGAAAACAAUGCUAGGAUUCCAGCUUUUCUUGGUAAAACUUCAACCCCUCUGCAUUAUAAGGAAAGCAACAUUAUUUCUGAUCAUCAUCUAGAGAGUCAUGCAUUUUUUCCUCCUUCACCCACUUCUAUACCACCCACCAAGCAUGGCCCGUCACAAGUCCUUGGAACAUCUGAAAAACUUGGGAAAUCCAAAAUGGCUUUACGUAGAGAUGAAAGUUACCCACCAAGUUCAAUAGCAGAUAUUGAAGACCCAAAUCUUAAACCACAAAAUGGAAAUAAUCAUAUGAAAAACCACAGUCCCUCUAAAGACACAGACCUUUCACUAAAGUUUUCACAAGAUAUGUCACAGUUAACUUUAGUCCCAUGUAGUACUGAGAUUUUGACCAUCAUUGACGUAGCAAGUGACCAAACUCUUUUUCGGACUUUUAUCAAAGAAUGGCAGUGCAAAAAGAGAUUUUCCAUUUCACUAGCUUGUGAAAAGGCCACUCACCCUACAGGUCUCAAGUCAACAAGUAUAGGCAGUAGAUUUAAGCAAGGUAAAUCGCCUGAACUAAUUCCAGUUCCAGAUGAUGGGCUUCCUGUUAAAGGCCAUGAAGACAUCUUGCUGGUUGGACUGGCUGUGUGCUGGGGUGAAAGGGAUGCCUACUAUUUGUCACUGCAACAAGAAGAAAACCAUUCUGAAAUCAGUGCCAGUUUAGCACCACCUUCUUUGGAUCCAAACCUGACCGUGAAUGAGAGACUAUGGCAGCUUCAGGCUUGUUUGCAACAAGUCUCUGUGAAAGAACGUUCAGUUAUCAUCUACAACUUCAUUCAGAACUAUAAGAUACUUCUUCUGUCUUGUGGCAUUUCUCUGGCAGGAAAUUUUGAAGAUCCAAAGGUGGCCUGCUGGUUACUAGAUCCUGAUUCUAAAGAACCAACACUUCACAAUAUAGUUACAAGCUUUCUUUCUCAUGAGGUGCCACUAUUGGAAGGGAUAGAAACGGGCCAAGGCAUUCAAAACCUGGGACUGAAUACCAGUGAUAACAACUCUGGGCGAUACAGAGCAGCCAUAGAAUCUAUUCUCCUCUUCAACUCUAUGACCCAACUCAAUUUGCUGUUAGAAAAAGAAAAGCUACAAGAUGUUUUCUGUAAAGUGGAAAUGCCUUCUCAGUAUUGUUUGGCUUUACUGGAGCUGAAUGGAAUAGGUUUUAGUACAGUAGAGUGUGAGAAUCAGAAACAUGUCAUGGAAGCCAAACUAAAUGCAAUUGAAGCUCAGGCUUAUGAACUAGUAGGCCGUAGCUUCUCCUUUACUUCUCCAGAUGACAUUGCUGAGGUUUUAUUUCUGGAAUUGAAGUUACCACCAAAUGGAGUUCAAGGAAACAAGAAAACUUUGGGUUCUACCAGAAGGAUGAUUACAAAUGGACGUAGUACCAAGAUAGGCAAGCAGUUCAGUACUAGUAAGGAUGUUUUAAACAAACUGAAGACCUUACAUCCAUUACCAGGCUUGAUUCUAGAGUGGAGAAGAAUCACCAAUGCUAUUACCAAAGUUGUCUUCCCACUACAGAGGGAAAAAUGUAUGAAUCCUGUCCUUGGAAUGGAAAGACUCUAUCCUGUAUCACAGACUCACAGUGCUACAGGUCGAAUAACUUUCACAGAGCCAAAUAUUCAAAACGUGCCAAGAGAUUUUGAGAUCGAGAUGCCAGCGCCAGUUGGAGAGAGCCCACCUUCUCAAGCACAAGGCAGAAGUUUACCUUUCAGGAGCAGAAAAAGUAAAGGCAGUGGUAAUAUAAAUUCUGGGUACCAGACACUGAUGGCAGAAAGAGUCAAAGACAAUGGGAAGCCGUUUUAUGUUAGUAUGAGACAUGCUUUUGUUCCUUUUCCAGGAGGAAUGAUCCUGGCUGCUGAUUAUUCUCAGCUAGAACUGAGGAUCUUAGCUCAUUUAUCCCGGGACCGUCGUCUCAUUGAGGUCUUAAACAGUGGAGCUGAUGUUUUCAAGAGCAUUGCAGCAGAAUGGAAGAUGAUUGAUCCGGAGACAGUUGGGGAUCAUAUAAGGCAGCAAGCCAAGCAGAUUUGCUAUGGAAUAAUCUAUGGAAUGGGAGCUAAAUCUCUAGGAGAGCAAAUGGGCAUUCAAGAAAAUGAUGCUGCUUGUUAUAUUGAAUCCUUCAAAUCCAGAUAUACAGGUAUUCAACGUUUCCUAAGAGAGACAGUGAAGAACUGCCACAGAGAUGGGUUUGUUCAGACCAUUCUGGGGAGGAGAAGGUAUUUGCCUGCAAUCAAAGACCCAAAUCCUUACAGUAAAUCCCAUGCUGAACGUCAAGCCAUCAAUACCACAGUCCAGGGUUCUGCUGCUGAUAUUGUCAAAACAGCCACUGUUAACAUUCAGAGACGAUUAGAGACUUUCCCUUCUGUUAUCCAGUCACAUGGACAUAGAGAGAGUAAGCUACGUGGUGACAAAACAGGACUGAAGAAAGGAUUCCAAAGAAUAUUUUGCCCAAUAAGAGGGGCUUUUUUUAUCCUUCAGUUACAUGAUGAGCUCCUUUAUGAGGUGGCAGAAGAUGAUAUUGUCCAGGUGGCUCAAAUUGUCAAGAAUGAAAUGGAAAAUGCAGUGAAGCUGUCAGUGAAACUGAAAGUCAAGGUGAAGAUAGGACCAAGCUGGGGAGAGCUACAUGACUUGGAUGUGUGACCCCCUUG